UCCCAUUUGUCUCACUCAAUAUUCUCACUCACAUAUCACCAUCUAUUCUUACUUCUUCCAGUGACCACUCUGCAUUACUCUCACCUGUGAACUCUCUCUCUUUCUCUCUCCUCACUAGAAUCCCAUGAACAAAAUAUAGUACAUCACUAUUUUCAUUUACACAAACAUUAACAUAAAAUUAAAAUUAAGAUUCCCCCUAAAAAUACUCCAUCUUCUUUCUUUAUUUCUUUUUCCUCUGUUUUUGCAGAGAGUAUAUCAGAACCUGCUAAAUUAAUUCCUCUUUUUUUCUAUUCUUCCGAUCAAUUCUUCAUUUUUAGGGUUUUGCGCUAUUGUUAAUCAAUCUGAAAUUAUUGUUAUUUUGUUCAUCAAAUCAGAUAAAUUCUCUCUUCUUUUUAUGAAUUUUUUCUUGCUUUGAUUUGUUGUUUUCCAGAUUUCUGAAAAUAAACUACAAAAUUCCUUCAAUGUGAUUGCGAUGUGAGCUCAAAUCUCUGACAAACACACUUCAUAAGAAGAGAGAGAAAAUAUUACUACUUCGUUUCUUUCUUAUUUGUAAUUAUUCACUCAUUACAACUUUUUUUGAAUCUUCUUUUUUUGUUUGUUUUAUAUCUAUCUAUAAAGUUACGUUUUCUCUCUCUAAAAAGUUGCAAUUUUUACGCCAAAAAUGGAGAUUGUCCUUUACUGCUAUCAAUGUUUUGCAGAAAAAAAAUUAGGGUUUCAUGAUUUUUCACUUUACCGAUUUUGAUUUUUCGGAAGAAGUUUUUGUGGAAGAUUGUAGAAAAAUUGAAAAAAAAUGAGUGAUUCAUCAGCUAGAUUAUCGUCAAGUUUAGCGAUAACGGAGAAAAAAGCGCACAUUCAAAGACCAGGUGGUUGUGUUGGAAUUUUUUUCCAGCUUUUUGAUUGGAAUCGAAGGUUUGCUAAGAAGAAAUUCUUCCCGAAGAAGCUUCUUCCACCUGUUCGUACUAAAGUCUCGAAGAAAUUUAAUGCAGAGGAGAAAUUGCCACUUACUAAGCAUUUAUUGAUUGCUGAUGAGAAUAUUAAUAAUAAUGGUGGGUUUUCAAGUAAAAUGAAGAAAAAUGGGGGUUCAGAGAUUAAGAAACAUGAAAUGCAAGCUCCAGGGUUGGUUGCUAGGUUAAUGGGUUUGGAAGCUAUGCCUCUUUCUGUUGCAGAACAAGAUGAAUCCAACAAGAAUUCUUCUAAGGAGGAUUGUAAGGUUAAAGGAGCGAAACUUGGCGGCGGGAUAAAUGAUGGAUUGGGGAAGGAGGAGUUGAGUUUGAGUCCAGAGAAAGGGAAUGUGAGACCACAGAAGAUUCAGAGGACGGGGGUAUUGGAUAGGAAGCCGGUUACUAGGUUUGGAGCUGAGGCUUUGCAGAUAAAGAAUGUUUUGUCGAGGUCGAGGAAGCAUCAUCAUAAUCAUUACCACCCUAAGCUUGCUUCUCCAGUGAAGAGUCCUAAAGUGGGGAGAAAUACUUCUAGGUUGAUUGAUGUUGCUGCUAGGAUUUUGGAACCUGGGAUACAGGCAACGAACCGUGCUAGGAGUAGUCUUACUUAUUCAAGCUCGACGAUGCAGCAGCCGUGGAACGACAGGGUGAUGAAUGAGGUGAGAGGGGAUGUGGAUUUGGAAAAUGAGAUUUUGAAUGCACAAAAUGCUUGUCGAAGUUGUGGCAACUUUUUGGAGCAUUUAAAUGAGAGAUAUGAUGAUGAAGAAAAAUCUUGGGAUGUUGAUUUGCCUGCCUCUAUCUCGAAGGAGAUUUUCUUUCAUGGAAUAGAAGAAAGUCGGGCAAGAACAGCUGUAUAUCUGGAGAAUGAAAACGAUGUGGUUCUUUUGAAAACGAGGUAUCCAUCUGAACGUCUGACCACUCAGCCAGUGGAUGAUAGAUCACCUAUGAAAAGUGAGCCAGCCAGGAACAGGAUGCAUCAGACACAAUGUCAUGAAGAGAUUCCAAUAAGCAGGAUGUUCACCUCUCAGAAGGGGGCAUCACCUUCUACUGCUUUCAGGAAUAGGACCCAAAGGCAUGGCCAGAUGUUGCCUGGAGAUAGAGUUCCACCUAAGUCUAAAUUGACGAGUACACAGGGCAGAAGAGGUUCAUCCGCUGUCAAUCCGGCUAGUGUAUCAAAGGAUUUCAUCACCCUCAACAGAAACAUGAGCAGGAAUCGACCUAGAGUUCCCAGCAAAUCAACGAGUAGUAUUGAGGCAGAUAGAAGACUUUUUAUAGGAAAAGAUGACUCCCUAGCAGCACAAAGAAGUCCAGUUAGGAAACGAAGGACUCCUAAUGCUAUUAGGCAAGCUGACAAUGCAUGUUCUGCAAGUCCAUCACUCGAAAAGCAGAGAAGUAACAGGGUCAAUAUAGUAACAGGAAAUGGGACAAGAGUCCGUUCCUCCCCUGCGAAUCAGACUUGCCUCAGAAGCAGGACUGCUAAUCAAAGAGGAAAUAGAAAUACUGAUAUUGUUUCUUUCACCUUCAGCUCCCCAGUGAAGUCAAAUAAAGGGACAACUUCCGAUGAAAAUGUAGAGCAUAAAAUGACAACAGAAGAAAACCGUGUGAAAAAACCUUCCCAGGACUAUUUGCAGAUGAAUGGAGAUGCUUUAGGUGCUCUAUUGGAGCAAAAGUUGAAGGAACUUUCAAACCAGGUAGAAAAUGAAGCAGCAGCAGGUUUCAUGCCAUCAGCAAGAACGACUGCUUCAAUUCUUCAGGAACUAAUAUCUGCCCUGACAGUUGAGAGAGCAGUUUCAAGUGAAAACGGAUCGCAUGGAACUGGCACGAUAGAUUCACAAUGUGAUAGCGAAGUUGCGGAUAUUGUUUCUCAGGCCAAGAUGAGUACUAAAAAAUCUUCGGAUGGAUUUUCUCGUGAAGUUGACCAUUUCAGCCCAGGAUGUGUUCUUGAUGCCUCAUUUUCAAAUGAUAGCUGCAUUUCGAGUAGCUUUGAUGAUAACUCAGUGAAACCGGUGACUUCUACUGAUUCCGAUCUUUUGGAUUCUGCAUCCUCGACAAACAAGCCCCGUGGCUGUGGUGUUAUGUUGGUGACUGAUCUUGUUAAACAUACCUCAGCUAUACUACAGAAUGUCAAUCGUGUUCAUUCCAGAUUAACUGCAACCAAGCUUGACUAUGUACAGGAGAUUGUUAUGAAUGCGGAGCUCUUAUUUGGCAAUGCUCUACAUAGUUCAUCAAGAAUUCUGGAUUUUCUCGUAGGCCCAUUUCUAGAAGAACUAGAAUCCCUUGUCAUUGCAGCAUGGAAGAACAGCAUUGUCAUUGGUAUCGAGGUUAGAAAAGAGGAAAAUCCAUUAAGGAAAUUUCUGUUUGACUGUCUUGUUGAGUGUCUCGAUGUAAAAUACACUCGGUACGCAGAUUCUGGAUUCAGGGCAUGGAGUAGGCUACCAAAGAGCAUCAACGCAGAAGUUUUGAUAAAAAUGUUCGAUGAAGAAGUUAGGAAGUGGAUUAGUUUUGCUGGGAAUACACCUGACAUGAUAAUAGAGAGGGAAAUGAGUACUUCAUUGGGUAAAUGGACCGAUUUUGAGAUCGAAGGAUUUGAAACUGGUGCCGUGAUCAGUCAGGACAUUGUUCAGGUUCUGGUUGAUGAAAUUGUGAUGGACUUUUGUGGGUCUGGCUAAGCAUCUAAUGAUCUUACUUCCCUAAUGCAGCUGGUUUUGUUGUGAUAACUGAUAACUAUGAGUCUCCCCCUGUUAAAAGUUUUGUACAAAUGAAAUUGGUACGUUGGGGAGUAACUGGGUAACUUAAAUUUUCACAUAGGUAUUGAUUUCAUUAGACUGCAGUAUGUAGUAAAAGUAAUUUUUUUCUUUCACUAGGUCAAGUUGUACUGAAUGUACUGGGAAUUAAUAUGAAUGUAACUUCUUCAGGUAUCUGAUUAUGCCAGUAAAUUUUCUCCAUA